AUGCCCAGGGCCGGGCUCCGCGGCUGCUGGGGUGGCCGGGCGCUGCCCCUGCUGCUGGCCUACGUCUGCUACCUGCUCCUCGGCGCCACCGUCUUCCAGCUGCUGGAGAGGCAGGCGGAGGCCCAGUCCAGGUACGAGUUUCAGUUUGAGAAGCUGCGCUUCCUGGAGAACUACACCUGCCUGGACCAGCAGGCCCUGGAGCAGUUCGUGCAGGUCAUCAUGGAAGCCUGGGUGAAAGGUGUGAACCCCAAAGGCAACUCCACCAACCCCAGCAACUGGGACUUUGGCAGCAGUUUCUUCUUUGCGGGCACGGUCGUCACCACCAUAGGAUACGGCAACCUGGCUCCCAGCACGGAGGCAGGUCAGGUCUUCUGUGUCUUCUAUGCCCUGGUGGGCAUCCCACUCAACGUGGUCUUCCUCAACCACCUGGGCACAGGGCUGCGUGCCCACCUGGCCACCCUCGAGAGGUGGGAGGACCAGCCCAGGCGCUCCCAGCUCCUGCAGGUCCUGGGCCUGGCUCUGUUCCUGGUCGUGGGGACACUGGCCAUCCUCAUCUUCCCACCCUUGGUCUUCAGCCACGUGGAGGGCUGGAGCUUCCGUGAGGGCUUCUACUUUGCGUUCAUCACGCUCAGCACCAUCGGCUUCGGGGACUACGUUGUGGGCACGGACCCCAGCAAGCAUUACAUCUCAGUGUACCGGAGCCUGGCGGCCAUCUGGAUCCUCCUGGGCCUGGCGUGGCUGGCGCUGAUCCUCCCGCUGGGGCCACUGCUUCUGCACAGGUGCUCCCAGCUCUGGCUGCUCAGCAGGGGCCUCGGCCCCAAGGACAGGGCAGCCCCUGACCUCGAUGGGCUCCCCAGACCUCAGAAGAUCCCCAUCUCUGCAUGA